CCUCGUUUCCUCUCUAGCUUACCCCCGCCUUCCGUACCGUUUUAUCCUUAUUCGUACCAGAAGCGCUUCAGUUCUGAUUGGCCGGAGCGACUUGCUAUACUACCCAGUCACAAAGCAUGCUUUACCGCUACCCUACCGAGAGAAGGAAUCGUAGAGAGACCAUGACUACGAUUGGUCGCUCAAUGACAAGGAUUUAAUUUUGAAAUUUUCUUUGUGGCGUGGGAAAGGCCACUGUCCGGACUCCAUCUAAGAACAAAAUCAUGCCCAAAUUCAAACAACAGAGAAGAACGCAAAAGGCCAAAGCCAAAAGAUUAUUCAAGAAAAAAGAAGUCUCUCGCUUACAGUCCAAGCUAAUUAUACAUCCUCCUCCUCCACCACCCUCUCCAGAAAGAGUGGUUAUUUCUGCAACAGAUACCCCGUAUAUCAGAAGCUGGCUAAGAUCAACCUUGAGUUUCAAAUUUCCCAAUAUAAAAGAUGCAGUAAAACUUUGGACAAAUAGAGUAUGGUCUAUGUAUAGCUGGUGCCAGAACUGCAUAGUCCAGAGUUUAGAAGUAUUGAAAAACACCAUCUUUCCAUCCUGUAUCUGCCACCAAGAACUUCACAGUCUAAAACAACAGGUUUUCGUUUUGGAAAGUGAAUUCUGCAAGCUCCAGGAAGCUCUGAAGACCUUCUCAGAAAAUUGUUGCCCAAGCUGUGGUCAAACGUGUCAGCCGAGUGGUAAAUUUACAAAUGAGCUGGCUUGUGUUCUAACCACCCCUGGAGAAUCUCAAGCUGCACUUCCUCCCACACUGCCACAGCCAGCUAGCCACCUUCCUCCUCGUCCACAACCACCGCCACCCCCUCCACCUCCUCCUCUACCUCCUCCUGCACCACCAAUAGCACCGUUACUGCUCAGAAAAGCAGAUCGCACUAAAGCACUCCAGGCUGAGCCUUUAAAAAAAGACGGACCCAUGCAGAUAACAGUUAAGGAUCUACUGACUGUGAAAUUAAAAAAGACACAGAGUUUUGAUGAAAAGAGGAAGCUUGUACCAUCACCGAAGGCACCGAAGCCUCUAGUUACCGUCUCUGAUCUGCAACGUGUUACCUUGAAACCUAACUCCAAAGUGUUAUCAACUCGAGUUACAAAUGUCUUAAUUACCCCUGGUAAAAGCCAGAUAGAUCUGCGGAAACUACUUAGAAAAGUCAAUGUAGAAAGGAGCCCAGGUGGAACACCUCUUACCAAUAAAGAAAAUAUGGAAACAGGAACUGGACUGACCCCAAUAAUGACCCAAGCCUUGAGGAGAAAGUUUCAGCUGGCUCACCCAAGAAGUCCAACUCAAGCUCUGCCACUUUCUACAAGCAGCUUUGAUGAACAAAACUGAUAUCAACUUUGCCUAACUCUAUGUGAGAAUUCAUAAAAUAUACAGAUAAAACCACCCUAAAUCCAUUUUUUAUAUAGUUGGGUAUGUAUAAAUAAUUAUACUAAUAUAUUAUUCCAGUUAAAGAAUUAGAGGUGUAUGGCAUUCACACAUAUUAUUGUAUAUAGAGACUGUUCGGAUAUUUUCUAGUUUGCAUGUUCGAUAAGAGAACCAGAUGGGAAAAUGCAAUCUCCAAAAAGGUUGGAGAGGUUGUUCAGACUUAACUUCAUAACUAGUUUGUACUAAUAGGUGUAGCUAUGACAUUAAGAAAAUAGCCUGGUUCCUAUUCAUCCUGAGAAUAGUCAUGGAGGAAGGUAUUUGCCCUGUUUAAUGUUCUUCACUCCGUAAAGGCUCUUCCUGGGUAACUGAAAGGAAAAAUAUUUAACCUGUAAGGCUCGUCCAUUCAUUAAGUUCUACACACUUGAUCAAGGCCCUCUAGAUUUUAUACCUCUUCACUACAACAAUUAAGAGAUAAUACCAUCCCCAUCCAAAUACAACUAUUUUCCAAAAGGUUUUGAAGCAAAAGGCCCAAUGUGACCUAAAAAAUGGAAUACAUCAUUUCUAGCUCCUCAGGUGGGUAGUUGUAUCUGGCUCAGUGAAGGUCUGAAAUAUUCCUUACUUUUAUUCCUGCUGUCCACAUUCAUGCAGCUAAAUAUAUAUUUCAUGAAGAGUUCAACCUGAAUCUUAUAUUUCCCACUACACCUUGCCAAGGAUCCCCUGAGGUCCAGAGCGGGUUCUCUGUGGAAACCCAGUUUCCCUGUCCUCACCACCUUGUGGAUUCAAUAACCAUGUAAAAAUGCAUACUCCCUAGAUUUUGUUCUUUCUUGCCAGUCUAGGGUUGCCAGAUAAUAGCAAACAAAAAUACACAAUGCCCAAUUAAAUGUGAAUUUCAGAUACACAACAAAAAAUUUUAAUAUAAAUAUGUCCCAAAUAUAGCAAGGGACAUAUUUAAAAUACAAAAUUAUUUCGUUGUUUAUCUGAAAUUCAAAUCUAACUGGACAUCAUCUAUUUUAUCUGGACCUUAUCAGCCAGUUCUCCACAAAGUGGCCAAGCAUUUCUGGGAGCCCCCAGUUUGCCAGACAUGCCUGUUCAGCAGCGGACACGACUGUAGCAUUAGCCAGGAUCCCUAUCGCAUAUGUGCUGAGUAUCGUGGAAGAAGGGGAACUCUUAUUGCUGUGUGUUUAACUGAAGACACAGGGUUAGCUUUUAAGCUGGUCACCUUCUCUACAGUAAAAGGAUAGCAGCUCCUCAAGGAUAGGAAACAAGGGUUCCAGAUCUUCACCAAACUUUCUAGCCUGACAAGAAACAACUACAUAGAUGAUAUCCUUGAAAUAUCCCCAGGUUAGCUUAGACUAACAAGAUAUUUUGGCAGUUUCCCAGAAAAGCUUACAAUUCCACAGAUAAAUAAUGCUUUGAGAUGCCAGAUGAAGUGUUGGAAAGUCACCAGGCUGUGAAGCAAUGUUUGCACCUAAGAGGCAAUUCUGUUGAUGAGACCCAAGUUUACGUUAACAACACACUUAUGAAUGAAAAUUAAACAGAUAGUGAAGUUUAGAGACAUAUCUGCUUUUGGUAAAAUUUUUUUUUUUAACUGCUAGCUACAUUUAUAUUAUGCAAGAAUAAAGGGAAUGAUCACUGAGAAGCGGUUGGGUAUUUGUAAGAGAAAAAUAUUUUAUGGGGUAUUUAUAAUAUUUAUAAAAACCACCAUACACUGUAUCAGUUUAAUGUAAAUGAUUUGAUCACUCUUGUGGUAUGAAGGUUCAUAGGGAAAAUGUUAUAAAAAUCUUAAGAGAUAAACAUUUGCAAAGGCACCACUUUACCAGUAUUAAAAUGUAUUCUACCUUGCACCUUGUACUAAUUUUAAUGACAGAUUUUCUACUGUAGCCAUUCGAGACUCUGUAAAUGCUAUGGCUUCAUUAAACUAUUGCUUAUGA